CCUAGCCGCAGAUUUCAGAGCAAGCGCAUGGUGGACGUUUUACUUCGUACCUCCUCGUCGUCGUCUAAUUAAUUACGUAGCGCCAGGCCAGUCGUCUGCCUUUUGCAAGUUGUUUAUUUCAUGUUUAAUUUAUGCUUCUUCUCGAUGUAAAUAUAUCUUACUAGGCCUAUGAUGUCUAAAAAGGUGAAAUUAAUGAAUGGCGCGAUGGAGCCUCCAGUUGACGAUGGUCUAUCGGGAGAGCAGCUGUUUGGAAGCGGCGAUGGUCUCACAUACAAUGACUUUUUGAUUUUACCGGGAUACAUCGAUUUCACUGCAGAUCAAGUGGAUUUGCAAUCUCAGCUAACCAAGGACAUCACCUUGAAGGCUCCAUUGGUCUCUUCUCCCAUGGAUACUGUCACAGAGUCCUCCAUGGCAAUCGCAAUGGCUUUAUGUGGAGGCAUUGGUAUCAUACAUCAUAACUGCACGCCCGAAUUCCAAGCAAAUGAAGUCAGAAAAGUUAAGAAAUAUGAACAAGGUUUCAUCAUGGAUCCUGUUGUGCUUGGUCCUGAUGACACUGUAGGUGAUGUCUUUGGCUCAAAAGCAAGACAUGGCUUUUCAGGAAUCCCGGCUUCUCAAGAUUUGCCACACAAGAUCCUUGGCAUACCAAUCACAGAUACUGGGCGACUAGGUGGUAAACUGCUCGGGAUCGUCACAGCUCGCGAUAUCGACUUCUUGAAACCAGAUAGUUACGUUAAGCCACUCAGUACCGUCAUGACUUCCAGGGAAGACCUGGUGGUUGCUCCGGCCAAUGUAACUCUAAAGCAAGCCAAUGAUCUUCUACAGAAAGCAAAGAAAGGCAAGCUACCCAUUGUAAAUGAGAAGGAUGAACUGGUCUCUCUCAUCUCUCGCACGGAUCUUAAGAAACAUAGGGAGUUCCCUUUGGCCUCCAAAGACUCCAGGAAGCAGCUGCUCUGUGGGGCUGCCAUUGGCACCAGGGAGGAGGACAAUCAAAGACUAGACCUACUAGUCCAGGCUGGUGUAGAUGUAGUCAUACUGAUGGAUGGAGAGCUAGAACAAGAAAAUCAUAAAAGUUUGGACUCUUCACAAGGGAAUUCAAGCUUCCAAGUAAGCAUGAUAAAGGCCACCAAAGCCAAAUAUCCAGAUCUACAGGUGGUAGCUGGCAAUGUUGUGACUGUGGCACAAGCCAAGAAUCUGAUCCAAGCUGGUGCAGAUGCCUUGAGGGUUGGAAUGGGGAGUGGCUCAAUCUGUAUCACGCAAGAAGCACCAGCAGCACAAGCUACUCGUAGUAGGCCUAGUAGGCCGGAGGGUGACUUAACGUCUACCUUAAUGGCCGUUGGACGUCCCCAGGGCACAGCAGUGUAUAGAGUAGCCCAGUAUGCAAGAGGUUGUGGAGUACCUAUCAUUGCUGAUGGAGGCAUCACAACAGUUGGUCACAUCACAAAGGCUCUAUCACUAGGAGCAUCAUCAGUCAUGAUGGGAAGCCUGCUGGCAGGAACCACUGAAGCUCCCGGUGAAUACUUCUUCUCUGAUGGGGUCAGGCUCAAGAAAUACCGUGGUAUGGGAUCACUGGAUGCCAUGGAGAAGAACAAAUCCUCCGCCAAGAGAUAUUUCAGUGAGCGUGACAAGCUGAAGGUAGCCCAGGGUGUAUCAGGAUCCAUCGUUGACAAGGGCUCCAUCCACAAGUUUGUACCGUAUCUCAUAGCCGGAAUCCAACAUGGAUGCCAAGAUAUUGGGGCUCUUAGCCUCAGUAUUCUCAGAGACAAGAUGUAUGCUGGUGAAGUUCGCUUUGAGAGAAGGUCGCCUUCAGCUCAGGUAGAGGGAGGUGUUCACAGUCUUCAUUCGUUUGAGAAGCGUCUGUUUUAAAAGGCAACAACCAAGAGUUCUGCAGCUUCUCACUAUCUUCACAAAGUUUUGGAGGCUGGACGCAUUGCUUUCUGAUUACUGCAUAUGGUGUCUAUGUUACAUGUGAACAAAAUGUGUUUGUUUAUCUCAGCAUGAUAUUGUACUAGCCAAGUCUAUUUUGAUAUAUACUUGUAUGAUAUUAGAGAUUGAUAUCUAACUUUUAUGAUUGUUACAAAGUACCAUGUAAUACAGAAAUGAGUACAGGAGGGUUAAAACUGUAUAAAGUAUUUGCACUAGUCUUAAAUGAAAUUGCUUUGUCUGGGCCAUAGAUAUUAUUUUGCUUGUUGUUUUGUCAAAAGUUCCUAUUGAAUUUCUUUCUGUUAGGAUUGCUCUGUACAAGCCAUGCGUCCUGUACGUUUAUUUUGUUUCAACAUGCCAUAUAUUUUGCCUAAAGAGGUUUCACAAUGUUUUGUGAUAUUGUUUUACUUAAAGAUACAGGGGGGGGGUAUACAUUUCAGUGGCAGUUUUCAAACAGACUUCCUCUCACAUACUGUAAAAAUGAGACCAAUGCAAAAUGACAAUGUAUACAAGGAAGCUGAUGUGUUCUGUGGAUAAAAAUUUAACUGCAUAGGGUGCUUUGCAAAGAGUUUGAUGUAACUUAAAAGGUUUGUUUUAACAACAAGGCAUGAAUGAUAAUGAAUAAUUGAUGACUACACAGUAAUGUGACUUUGGAGCAUGAUCAGACCAAUGAAGUGAUGUGUUGAUAACUUAAGGUUAAAAUCAAUUUUAAUUCACCCUUGAAAGUUUUGUUCAACUCCCCAGUUAAGUCUUUUUUAUCUGGCUCGCUCCAACCUUUGUACUAAUAUUUUAUCACCAAUACUUGAAGUGAUUUAUGUAUCAGUAUGGAGAAAUGAUGUGGCAAGUCAUACAAACAUUGUAUACAGUAUUGCUGUUCAAUAUAUUUGUUCAAAAAUUUGAUCAAGCCUUCACAAAAAGGAAAUUGGAAUUGAAAGAAUACAAGAGAUUACUAUAUAGAGAGUAUAGUCAUGUUUAUUUUUCAUUCAGUAUGUCAGGGUUUAAAAGAUUUAUAAUUGCUUGCCAUAAGCCAACAUUAAAUGUUGAUAUGCAUCAUUAUUGUCCAUUGUCAUAGAGCUAAUAGACAAGCAUUUUGCCCUGCUGUUGCAGGAAGGAGGGGGGUUGAAAUGUUGUGUAUUAUAAUCGAUGUAUCAGAUAUAGAGCCAGAGGAGAGAUGUGCUUUUAGGAGAACUAGAGAUUAUUGACAAGGUUUUCUAGUCCAUUUCAAACAAUGGUCAGUCUGGAAAGCACAAAGUACAGUUUCACUUUCUCAUUACUUGUCCGAUUUUUCUCAAACUUUCGUUGAUCUGUUUCUUUGAUUUUUCUGUGUUCACACAAGCUAUCUUGGUCCACAGGUUUCAUUCUCCUUUAAAAGGUUUGUUUUAACAACAAGGCAUGAAUGAUAAUGAAUAAUUGAUGACUACACAGUAAUGUGCCUCUGGAGCAUGAUCAGACCAAUGAAGUUAUGUGUUGAUAACUUAAGGUUAAAAUCAAUUUUAAUUCACCCUUGAAAGUUUUGUUCAACUCCCCCAGUUAAGUCUUUUUUAUCUGGCUCGCUCCAACCUUUCAGUCAUCCUGGCCCACUUUCACAAAACUGUUGGCAUCUUGAAAAUCAUGGAAAUUCCAUAGAUGUCCAUAAGGAUAUAUUGACCUGGAUCCAUUGCAUGAUGGGCUAUUUCAAAUGACCCCUGGUUGUAUUUCUUUGAAUAGCCUAUAAAAGUCUCUGAAGACUCCAGUUGAUAUAAAUUACUUGAAAAAGAACAUGCAAAGCUUGUUUCUAGUUGGUGUCUGAAGUAUCCUUUAAUGUAUAUUCACUUAAUCAACAUUUGUUCAACAUUUUUUUUUUGGGGGGGGGUGGGCAUUCUACAUGCUUUGUUAACCUUUGUUUUUAUUCAUUUCAAGUUUGGUGCAUUCAUUUGUAAAACUUCACGUAUGUGGCAUUUCAUAAAUAUGUGUUCCUGUGUUUAGAGAUUUUGUGCUAUGGAAUAGAGGCCAGUGCCUGGUCAGUUGUAUCAGCUCUUUAAUGGUUUUGUAAGAUUAUCAAAUGGAAGAGCUGUAAAUGCACUGUGUCCUUUUUAAACAUUACCAUGAAGUUUAAGUUUAUGCAUGGACUAAAUCUGAUGUAAAUCAUGACCAAAAAAAUCACCAAGUUCUCCUGUAUUAUGAUGGUUGCAUUGAUACAUUUUAGAUAGGGCCAGAGAAAGUAAAAGAUUGAUAUUUUGAUACAUUUGUUUUCUACUAAUAUUUUAUCGCCAAUACUUGAAGUGAUUUAUGUAUCAGUAUGGAGAAAUGAUGUGGCAAGUCAUACAAACAUUGUACACAGUAUUGCUGUUCAAUAUAUUUGUUCAAAGAUUUGAUCAAGCCUUCACAAAAAUGAAAUUGGAAUUGAAAGAAUACAAGAGAUUGCUAUAUUAUAGAGUAUAGUCAUGUUUAUAUUUUAUUCAGUAUGUCAGGGUUUAAAAGAUUUAUAAUUGCUUGCCAUAAGCCAACAUUAAGUGUUGAUAUACAUCAUUAUUGUCCAUUGUCAUAGAGCUAAUAGACAAGCAUUUUGCCCUGUUGUUGCAGGAAGGAGGGGGGUUGAAAUGUUGUGUAUUAUAAUCGAUGUAUCAGAGAUAGAGCCAGAGGAGAGAUGUGCUUUUAGGAGAACUAGAGAUUAUUGACAAGGUUUUCUAGUCCAUUUCAAACUUGAUUUCUUAGCACAAACUCAUUGAUGUUGAGUGGAGAGUUGCUCUGUUCCUUGAUGGCACUUCACACAACAAAGGUCAGUCUGGAAAGCACAAAGUACAGUUUUACUUUUAUUGAUUUCUCUCUUCCCCCUCUCAUCAUGGAAAUAGUUUUUUUUUAUUUCAUGAUUGAAAAAACACAUUGAAAAUGAAUGAAUUUGUAGAUAGGGAAGAAGUAAUCAUUUGUUAAUGUGUAUUAUUGUGUGCUUGUGUGUAUGAGGUGAGGGGUGUGUUAAAAAGAGGAUGUAAUUAUCUUGUGAUAUUGGAUUUUAAGUGAUAUUUGAUUUUUAGACAGAAAUUCAUAAGAGAUUACUGCAGGUAUCAAUCAAGUUAUAUCAACAAAGAUUAGGUUGUGUUUGAGUAUGUAGUUAAUGCAAUUGUACAGAGGAAUUCAUUUAGACUGAAAUCAUUAUAUUACUAUAAAUUUGCACAAGAACAAAUGUAGUAAAUAUGGAUUUGUAUUUGUAUCUUUAUGAUUUUCAUUCCAGAGAGUAUGUUUUUUUGUUGUAAUUUUAGUUUUGGCAAUGUUUAAUACUCUGUAUUAUUGUGCACAGUUUAGGAGCUGCAAUGAAUAAUUGAAUAUUAUGCUUUCAAGGUAGUUAUGAUGAACUUUCUGGCAAGCAUAAGCCCUGUAUAAAUCAUAUUUUGAAGGAAAAAAUAGUUUUGGGCCAAGAAGGUGUAGAAUCCUUUUUUUUUCACAAGUAGUGUAAUUCAUCAGCUUGAUGAUUUUUUUUGGAAAAAGUGAGCUAUUGUGCAUAUUUUUUUAACCACUUUAUGUAGUUUUAUGAUACAUAUUUUGUAUCAUAAUUGAUUUAUUACUCUUAAAGAAGAUGCAACUUGAGAGUUAUCUUAUAGCAGUACUUACCCAAUUAAUAUGAAAGUUGUGUAAUAUGUUGAAAGUAAUGUCACCUAAUCUUUGCAUUUACUGCCAAGUCAACAUUAAAAACUGAUUUGAAUAAUCGGGGAAAAAAAUCUCACCAGCAGGACACUUAAAUUUUCAUCGAAAUCAGAUAUUUAAUGAAACAGUCAUAACAUUUCAAAGUUAGUGCCAGAGUUGAUGGUAUCACCUCCAGCCCCUAUUUUGUAUUUUACAUAUUGCUUACAGGGUAGUACAGUUUUUCCUCCUAUAGUAUGUAGUACAAGGUUUGGUUCCUCAUGAAAAAAAAUCAAAUCAUAAUGGUUUUAAAAUAUGUGUGAUUUUUUAGAAUUUCUCUUGAUCAUCAAAUCUUAAAAAAUUGAGUUUUUUACAUUUCAUACAUUCGAUAGGAUAUGAUGUCAUUGGCUCCUACCCCAUUUGCAUUCUGCCAGAGCAUGCAUAUAACUGUUUACUGAAAAUUUUACAUCAGUUUUGAUUAAUUUUCAAAAUAGGCUUGUCUAUUUUUGCUCUAUUUCAAAUCAAUUUGUUAUAGGGGGGGAGGCAGACCAACUAUGCCUUCUUAAGGGGAAAAAGUAGUAUAAAAAGCGAAGAAACAAAGAGUAUGAACAAAAUGAAGUCUGUAACUUCAUAUUAAUAUUACCCUGUAAUGCAAUAAAAUAACAUCACCUUCAGGUCAUCUUGCCCCCAAUGAAACUGCCCGGUAUUGUCCUCGAUGAAUCCUGGUUGUUUGGGUAGACUUGGCCUUUAAUUUACAUUAGAUCCCAUUUCGUUCACUUCUGUUACUCCUUAUACACCCCUUUUGAAAUUGUGAUCUUUUGAAAAGUACUACAUAAUGAAGAGCUAGCAAUUACGGUUGAGUAGAUUAUUCAUUUGUCAUUCUUGAUAUUAUUGCUUCAUUAACAGUUCAUUUUGAAUGAUCUGAACAUUUAUAUGCAUGUAGUAGAUGUUUUUUUUUUCAACUAUUAUUUCCAAAAUAAACACCUACACUGUUUUGACAGA